CGCGGAGUCUGCCGCUUCCUCUCCCAGCGCGGGUCCCGUAUUACAUCACCGGCGACAGCAGCCGGACGGGGGCGGCAGAAGCGCCUCCUCCCCGCCCGGAGCCGAGACGGCGGCGCAGGGGGAGGAAGGCGCCUCACCUUGCCCCCGAUGAGGGGCGGAUCAUGCCAUGGCAGCGCCGGCGAGCGACAGCGGCGGCGGCGGCUGCGGCGGCGAUCGGAGCCCAACCAGCAGCCCCGGGAGCUCGACCGGAGCCGGGGGCGCCGCGGCGCGAGCCCGGGACGGCGGGGACGCGGGAGCCCGGAGCGCAGCGGUGACGGUUCCCGUCCUCCCUCCGCUCGAGGACUACGAGUGCAAAAUCUGCUACAACUACUUCGACGCAGACCGGCGCGCGCCCAAGCUGCUGGCGUGCCUGCACACCUUUUGCCAGGAGUGCCUGAGCCAGCUGCAGCUCCGCGCCACCGCCGCCGCCGCCGCCGCGCCUGAGCGCACGCCGCGCCCGCCGCCCCGGCACGGCCCGCCUGGCGCCAUCGCCUGCCCCGUGUGCCGCCACCGCACGCCGCUGCCCGACAGCCGCGUGCACGGCCUGCCCAACAACACCAAGCUCGCCGAGGCCUUCCCGCUGGCCCUCCGCGCAGCGCACGACCCGCUGCCCCAGGAUCGCCUCCCACCGCUGCCCGCGCGCCGCCCAGCGACCACUUCGGCCCCGUCGGCCGCCGCGGCCCCGGCCCCGCCGCCGCCGCCGCCGUCCUCCGAGGACGCGGCCGGAGGACAACGCGCCCGCGCCGGCCUGCGCGCGCCGGGCAACUACGAGAGCUGCCAGAACUGCAAGCGCGCCGCGCUCACCGCCGGCUGCGUGUGCGUCGUCUUCUCCUUCCUCUCCAUGGUGGUGCUGCUCUUCACCGGCCUCAUCUUCGUCAACCACUACGGCGGCGGCGGCGGGGCACCCCCGGGGGGCGGAGCGCCCCCUGGUGCAGCCCCCGCAGCCGGCUCGCCCUCGCCCUCGCCCGUGGGGCCCAUCUGCCUGUCGGUGGCCAGCAUCCUGGCGCUCUUCUCGGUCGUCAUCACUUGGAUCAUCUGCUGGCUCAAGUACCGGCCCGAGGGCGCGGCCCCGGGCUCGGCCGGGGGCGGUGGCGGCCCGAGGGCGCGGGCGGUGGCAGCGGCGAGCGGCGCGCGGAGGAGCGGCACGUAG